AUGUCCAUUCUAUCUAUCUAUCUAUCUAUCUAUCUAUCUAUCUAUCUAUGUCUCUGCCUGUCUCAUUCUUUCUCUCUUUUCAUAAACGUCAUUGCUUCCGUUUUUUCUUUUUUUUUUUCUUUGUCUUCGUUACGUUUUCUUUAUUUUCAAAAGAUGCUUUCUUUUUCCAAAAUUUUCUUUCUUUUUUCUUUCUUUCUUUCUUUCUUUCUUUCUUUCUUUCUUUCUUUCUUCUUUCUUUCUUUCUUUCUUUCUUUUUUCUUUCUUUCUUUCUUUCUUUCUUUCUUUCUUAAAUAUUUCUUUUCUUUAAAAAAAAAUCUUUCUCUUUAUCGUAUAUUGUUUUUUUUUUGUCCGAAAUGGUCUUUAAAAACAUUUUUCCUUAUUUCUUUCUCUCAAUCUUGCUUUAUUAUAUCUAUCUAUCUAUCUAUCUAUCUAUCUAUCUAUCUAUCUAUCUAUCUAUCUAUAUUAGGUAUUUAUAAACCCAGCGAUGGUCAGCGAGCAUUUUCUUUCGUUCCUCUUUUUCUAUCUUUCUCUCUUUCUUUCGGUCUUCCCCGUAAUUUUAUUUUACCUUUUAUUUUCUUCUUGUUUUCAGUCAUAUUCGUAUUCUUUUUUUCUUUUUUAAUGUUUUUUCAAUACCUUCUUUUUGAUUUUUUAAUCAUUUCUUUCUUUCUUUCUUUCUUUCUUUCUUUUCAUUUUUUUUAUCUUUUGUCUUUUUGUUUAAUCUAA